CUGUCAGUCGGAGAUCCUUCCUCUGUCUGUAGAAAGAAAUGCUGGAGAGCUCCGUUUCCAAAUGAUCCCACCAGAUGACCUUUCACCGUACUUUGUGGCGUACCCGGGCCAGUACAGUUUUAUGUUGGACGAACCACAUAGAUGUCGGCAAGAAAGCCCAUUCUUGGUUCUUAUGAUCCCAGUCGCACCCCACAACAGCAAGGCCCGUGACAUGAUACGCAACACGUGGGGCAAAGAAACAACGGUGCUGGGCAGAGUGGUCAGCCGCUACUUCCUCCUGGGACUGACCCACGAUGAAGGUGGGGCAGGAACCAUCAAAGAGCAAGUGAUACAGGAAAGCCAGAGACAUCACGAUAUCAUCCAGAGUGACUUCUUGGAUAGCUACAAUAACCUCACCAUUAAAACCAUGGUCAUGUUCGAAUGGCUCAGCUCCCAUUGCCCCAACACCUCCUACGCCAUGAAAGUCGACUCGGACAUGUUCCUUAACGUCCACAAACUGGUCGACAUGCUUUCGAAAGCCCCCCGACACCUCUACAUGACGGGAAUGGUGGCGAGGGCUGCAUCUGUUCUUAGAGACAACACAUCAAAGUGGUUUCUGCCUGUUUCCGUCUUCCCCGGGUCCACCUACGCACCGUAUGCCCUGGGACUGGGCUAUGUGUUCUCACUGGAUUUACCCAAGAGGAUACUGGAGGCUUCUGCACAUGUUAAGGCUGUUUACAUCGAAGACGUCUACGUGGGAAUGUGCAUGAGGCAUUUGGGAAUCGCACUGACGGAUCCUCCUAGUCCUUAUUUGUUUAGGGGAUUGGCGCCUUACUGGGUAAGCAAAUGUUACUGGACCUCGGUCAUUACAACAAUACUAGAGAACUCUGAACAGCUUUCACAAGCAUGGGGAGAAUAUCAGUCUCAACAUGGCUGUGGACACUGA